CCUUUUCCUCAGACAAUCUCAAAAUUAUCAUGUUUAUCGCACAUACUCUUAAACAACACGAGACAGACACAUGGAAGAAAUUAAUUUACAGUUGUUAUCCGAAGUUAUAGAUUAUACUUUUUAAAAUAUAUUUUCUGGUCGAAAUCGAAACUACUAACGUUAAAGUAAACUAUUAAGUACUAAAUCUUUCGGUUUCGAAAUCAUUGUCUUCCGCUUAGGGAUCGUGUUUCCUUCAUGUAAAACACACUUAGGCCAACUUGAAUUACUUUAAUUGUACUUUCUUUAUAUAAAGAAUGGCUCUUUUGGAUGUAAGUGGAUAUAAACAUAAUUCCGCGUCACAGUUUGGCUUUAAGCAAACGCAUCUUCUCGACCGACUGAAUCACUACAGUUUUGGGACCAAAUGCCAGGAGUUCGCGGUACCUGUCGGAGUUGACCCCUCCAAGUUUCUGAAGUCAUGCAGUUGUGAGGAUGGCGUUUCCAUAGAUCUGAAUCAUGGCACCACAACGCUGGCGUUUAAGUUUCGUCAUGGAGUCAUUGUGGCUGUUGACUCCAGAGCAUCAGCUGGAAAAUACAUCGCAUCAAAGGAGGCCAAUAAAGUAAUAGAGAUCAACCCUUACCUGCUGGGCACCAUGUCCGGCAGCGCUGCAGACUGUCAGUACUGGGAGAGACUGCUGGCUAAAGAGUGCAGACUUUACAAACUGCGUAACAAACAGAGGAUCUCCGUGUCUGCAGCCUCCAAGCUGCUGUCCAACAUGAUGCUGGGAUACAGAGGCAUGGGUCUGUCUAUGGGGAGUAUGAUCUGCGGCUGGGACAAACAGGGUCCAGGCCUGUACUAUGUGGAUGAUAAUGGUACUCGUCUCUCCGGCCGGAUGUUCUCCACUGGCUGUGGGAACAGUUAUGCGUAUGGUGUAGUGGACAGCGGUUAUCGUGAGGAUAUGAGUGUGGAGGAGGCGUAUGAGCUGGGCCGGCGUGGUAUUGCUCAUGCCACACACAGAGACGCUUACUCUGGUGGUGUGGUCAACCUGUACCACAUGCAGGAGGAUGGCUGGAUCAAGGUGUGUAAGGAGGAUGUGUCAGAGUUAAUCCACAAGUAUAAGAAAGGAAUGUUCUGAUCUCAUCUCUGAUUUAUCUGACAGUAAAAAUUAAACUGCUAUCAAAUCAAA